AGCCAGUGACCCUCCGGCGCCCCAGGCCGGUGUUUCCCCGCACUCGGCGUCCCGGCCCCGACUCGCUCUCUCUCAGCUCCCCGGUCCGGCCCUCCCCGCCCCGCCCUGCCCCAGCCCACAGGGCCACCAUGGAGCGCUGGCUUUGGCCGUCGGGCGGCGCCUGGCUGCUGGUGGCUGCCCGCGCGCUGCUGCAGCUGCUGCGCUCAGACCUGCGUCUGGGCCGCCCGCUGCUGGCGGCGCUGGCGCUGCUGGCCGCGCUCGACUGGCUGUGCCAGCGCCUGCUGCCCCCGCUGGCCACACUCGCCGUGCUGGCCACUGCCGGCUGGAUCGCGUUGUCCCGCCUGGCGCGCCCGCAGCGCCUGCCGGUGGCCACUCGCGCGGUGCUCAUCACCGGCUGUGACUCUGGUUUUGGCAAGGAGACGGCCAAGAAACUGGACUCCAUGGGCUUCACGGUGCUGGCCACUGUAAUGGAGUUGAACAGCCCCGGUGCCAUCGAGCUGCGUACCUGCUGCUCCCCUCGCCUAAGGCUGCUGCAGUUGGACCUGACCAAAUCAGCAGACAUUAGCCACGUGCUAGAGUUCACCAAGGCUCACACCACCAGCACUGGCCUGUGGGGCCUGGUCAACAAUGCAGGCCUCAAUGAAGUAGUAGCCGAUGUGGAGCUGUCUCCGGUGGCCACUUUCCGCAGCUGCAUGGAGGUGAAUUUCUUUGGCACACUCGAGCUGACCAAGGGCCUCCUGCCCCUGCUGCGCAGCUCAAGGGGCCGCAUCGUGACUGUGGGCAGCCCAGCGGGGGACAUGCCAUAUCCAUGCUUGGGGGCCUAUGGAACCUCCAAGGCAGCCGUGGCACUGCUCAUGGACAUAUUCAGCUGUGAACUCCUUCCCUGGGGGGUCAAGGUCAGCACCAUCCAGCCUGGCUGCUUCAGGACAGAGUCAGUGAAAGACGUGGGUCGCUGGGAGCGGCGCAAGCAAUUGCUGCUGGCCAGUCUGCCCCAAGAGCUGCUGCAGGCCUACGGCAAGGACUACAUUGAGCACUUGAACGCGCAGUUUCUGCGUUCCCUACACCUGGCCUUGCCCGACCUCAGUCCGGUUGUAGAUGAUAUCAUAGAUGCGCUGCUGGCAGCUCAGCCCCGCCGCCGCUAUUACCCCGGCCAGGGCGUGGGGCUCAUGUACUUCAUCCACUACUACCUGCCUGAGGGCCUGCGACGCCGCUUCCUGCAGACCUUCUUCAUCAGUCACUGCCUGCCUCAAGCACUGCAGCCUGGCCAGCCUGGUGCUACCCCACCGAAGGACCCAGCCCGGGAUCCAAACCUGAGCCCAGGUCCUUCCCCAGCAGUGACUCAGUAAGCCGUGUGCACAUGUGGCCUAGCCACUGCAGCACAGGAGGCUCCAUGAGCCCUUGGCUCUUCCCUGCAAACCCUGAGUAUAUUAUGAUCCCCCAAGUCUGUCCCGGACCCUCGCCUAAAAAAUCCCACCCCUACCCGGCACCCACUGCCAAUGCCCAAUCCAGGCCCGGUGAGGCCGAGGUUUCCCAGUGAGCCUCUGCACUUCUCCACUGCCCAAACAGACCCUCCUGGCACAAUGCUCUACCCUGCAGCUUGGAGAACUCUGCUGGAUGGGAGUCUCAUGCAAGACUUCACUGCAGCCUUUCACAGGACUCUGCAGAUAGCGUGUCUGCAAACUAAGGAGUGACUGGGUGGGUUGGGGACCCCCUCAGGAUUGUUUCUGAGCACCAGUGCCUCAAUGCUGCAAUUGAGGGCUAAAUCCCAACUGUCUCUUGACUGGCUCAAGAAUUAGGGCCCCAACUACCCACCCCUAAGCCACAGGGAAGCACUUACUCUACUUUCCAAUUGCCACAUUUUAAAUGAAGACAAAUUUUUAUUUCUUCUAGAA